AUGUCUUCAGGAGCCGAGACCCCGUGUGGGAGUGGCCGCAGCAGCCCCUCAUUAGGCGGUGCCGACUCUGGCUAUUCCUCAGGUGCCAAUAGUGAAAGUGAAUUGUCCGAGGUGUACUUCACCAAACAACACCUUCGUUUUCUCAACCGCCAACUUCAGUUUCUCGAACCUCAGGAGAUCCUCAGAUGGGCCAUCACCACCCUUCCCAACCUCUACCAGACCACGGCCUUUGGCCUGACAGGACUCGUCCAGCUGGACAUGCUGUCCAAGCUCAAGGUCCCUCGCCCGCAGAUGGUGGAUCUCAUCUUCCUCGACACCCUCCAUCACUUCCCUGAAACCUUGGAGCUGGUGGACAAGGUGCGGGAGAGAUACCCUCUGGUCAACAUCCAUGUGUUCAAGCCAGCCGAAGUUGAGACUGCAGAAGAGUUCAAGGAGAAAUAUGGCGACAGGCUAUGGGAGAAGGAUGACAACAGAUAUGACUAUCUGGUCAAGGUUGAGCCUGCACAGCGGGCUUACCGUGAGCUGCAGGCAUAUGCUGUUCUCACCGGCCGGAGAAGAAGCCAAGGUGGCGCCAGAGGAUCCUUGGACAUCAUUGAAGUCGACGAGGCCGGUCUGCUCAAGAUCAAUCCCAUGGCCAACUGGAGCUUCAACCAGAUUCAGCAGUACAUCAAGGACAAUGACGUCCCAUACAAUGCCUUGCUGGAUCGGGGUUAUAAGAGUGUCGGGGAUUGGCAUUCAACCCAACCUGUCAAGGAAGGUGAGGACGAACGUGCAGGCCGAUGGAAGGGUCAACAGAAAACGGAGUGCGGUAUUCACAAUCCCCGCUCCAAAUAUGCACAGUACUUGAUGGAACAAGAAAAGAAGAGAGAGCGGGAAGCUCUGGAACAAGCGCUUCAAAAGGUCAGCCUCGAGGCGCAAUCAUGA